GACUAACGGAGCUGCUGUAAUACACUCAUUCUGACAGCUACUCAAUCAACUCCUCUAAAUCAAAAUCCAGAUGCCUGGAGGCGUGAGAAAGAGGUUUGCUGAGGGUUAUAUUGGUCUGUUAGUGUAGUGAAUGUGAUUGGUCUGUAGCGGUAGUUGUUUAAAUGAGCACAGCAGAUCUUUGUUUACAUUGGUAGUUCAGUUCCAAUAGCUUUCCUAGUGCCGCUAUAAAGUCGGUUAGUGCUCAUUAAAACAGUCUGGAAUCCUCACAAGUGCUUAUUUCCCUCGGGUUUGGCUGAAAAGAGUUAUAUUUGUGCCUUUGCUUCACUGAAAAUCAGUAUGGGGAUGUGUUUGCCCUGUUUGAGUGGAGCUGAAGAUGAUGUAGUAGUCACUCCAGACCCUGAGAUGAGGAGAAGACAGUUGGCUGAAGCUGCAGAGAAGAGACAGAAAGAGACGACCUACAGAGGCAUCAAAAACCCAGAAGCCGUGGAAGGAAAAAAGAAAAAACAGGAAGAGAUGGAGAAACAGACCGUGAACCCUGCACCUGCUGGAGGAGGAGGGCUGAAGUGGCAGGUUGGCUAACAGACUGCAGGAAGGCUUCAUCGGGGGCGACCAUCUGCAGUAUUUCCCACUGACUUCAGAGAUUUUUCAAACUUUUUCUUUUUCUUAUUUUGAAGUAUAUAACAGGGGAGUGUGUGUAGAGACUAGAAUUAUUAUCAAGCUCCUGCACAAAGCUCCUUCAGGCUGUCUGAGAGGAUUCAGACCACACCUUUAAAAUGCCAAGAUGUGCUAGCCAGUAGAAUUGUGAUUUAACAAUGAAUGUUUUACGCAAACUAUUUACAAUAUAAUUUAUGUUCAUCAAUCGUUUCACACACACUGCUUUUAUACCAAGGUGCUCUCUAUUUCUGACAUUGAUUUGUUAAAGAAUCCGUUGAAUUUGAGAUCUCAUUGAUAUUUUAAUACACAUUUAUAUAACAGAAAAGCAUGUUUUGUAAUGGCUUUAAGAAUCAUUAAGUGCAUAUUCAGCCACUUAUAUUUAUCAAGUCAUGUGUUUUGGUUGUAGGUUUAUAGUGCAUUUUGCGAUUAUUCAGGACUGUACAGCAUGUGUUUGAUAAUUUUGAUAAAUGUUUGAUAUUUAAGAGUGAAGUUAAAAUUGUGAAUGAAGGAUAUUUGAGUUAGCACUUUCACUGCCCCUUGAUUGUAUUUGUAUACAGCAGUGGCAUGGACAUGGGUGUGCCAGGGUGUGCAAAUGCCACACAAAAGCGUAAGCUUGC